GCACUGGAAUGUGAGUCAGAAGUUCCACUGGAAACUGUACAAUCAUUACUACCAGUUCCUUUUUUUAUGUUCUACAUUCGGCAAAGCCUCAGAAGUAAAGCAAAGUUUAUUGAUAACCAAACGGCUUGUUGCGGCAAUUGCCUACAAAUUGGUAUUUUACCAACUGCAGUACACUAUAAUACACUGAAAUGCUCAAAAUGUUUUCAACGCUCUUGUUCACUUUGUGGACACGCACCACAUUGGUCUUUAAGAUGUGACGAAGCAAAGGAAUGGACUGAAAAAUUCGAAAUGACAGGAAAAUAUGUGGAGAUGCAGUUAAAAGGUGAGCUGCAGGAAGUAAUGAUUGUCUGGAAUGCUUUGUAUGCCAGAAUACUUUUGAAACGGGCGAUCAAGUCAAGACUGCAAAUGCGUAGAAAGUAUUCUCCGCCGUUUGCUGUCAAAGCUAGUUACUGCAAGCUAUGGCGCGAAGCUCGUGAAAGGCGGAAAUGCAAUUUCCCAUCCAGCUUACUUUUUUCAGUAUCUGAUGAAAUAGUCGACCUAAAGCCUCAUCUUUGUGGUAUAUCAGAGGUUAUAGAACGUCAGUCUGUGGCCAACUAUUUGGCAGAAAUUGGCUGGAUAUGGUUGUAUAUUCAUCAAAAUGAGGAUCUCAAAUUUUGGAAGGACGAUAGAAUCUUUUUAGAGAAGAUGAUAAAACUAUGGGAUAGCAUUGAAGGUAAGUUAAAGUUACAUCCUUAUCCGGAAUUCAUCGUGCGAGAAAUUGCUGCAUCUCUAAAAGUUUUCGACGACAUUGUGCAGAUGCUAUUAUCUAUUUUUAAGUCUGAGUACUCUCAGUGCUAA